AUGCCGAGCUUCAGAGAGAACAGAGAGUAUAUCGCAUAUACCUACAGAAAAGGAUUUACCACCGACAGGCAGUUUAUAUUGUUGUAUGAUGCCACUACUUCGAAAACCCGCAAUUUCGGUGCUAUGAUUAAGAUAUCCACGAGUGCUACCAUGAAGGUCACCGUAAAAAUCCACCAGAGAUACUUACUAGCGUGCUCUGAAUUCAGCGAUCAAGAAAGUGUCAAGGAUAUUGGUUGGUAUCGUUGCUCUACCGACUAUUGUGAGCAUGAAUGGGACAAACAUUGGAUAGCGCAUAUUCAAAAUACGAGAGAGACAAUUGCAUAUAACCCAAACUUUGAGGUCUACACCAACGGAACGUUAGUUAUUAAGGUUCUACCAGUGGAUGAUGGAAAAGUGUUUAUCUGUAUUGCCCACAGAAAGUAUGUAUGGAAAAAACAAUCAUACACGAUCCUAAGUGUUGCCAAAGAAGCGCCACAAUUACACCUAGAGAGUCCUAAAAGGCUUCACGUGAUUGAAGGAGUGGACCUUCAUUUGGAUGCUAGAGUCCAGGGCUAUCCUUUCCCCAGGGUUACUUGGAGUCAUGAUGAGAAUCUCCUCAAGAGUACACCGAAUGUCGAUUCGGAAACAAGUCUUAAAAUUCGCAACGUCACUGCAUCUGAAAGCGGAAAUUAUACCUGUCUCGCUGAGAAUCCAUUUGGACGUGUUUCCUUCACCGUAAAGGUUUACGUUAAAGGUAUUGAUCUUUUUCGCCGUUGA